UUAGAAAUAAUUUCAACAUGGCGCCCGGUGGUUCAGAGUGUGUGUGUGUGAAAGUGCAGUGAAAUUAUGUUAUUAUCUAGAAUUUUUAGUGAUUAUUUUAGUGUUUAAGUGAAAAGUGUGUGCUUUAAUGCAGUGGUUUUCUUAUCAUGGCUUUGGAUUUACGCCUGCAUUCUCCUGCAGGCGCGGAACCUGUUGUUUAUACAUGGCCCCUCACUUCAGGUCAUGGCUCGGACAAACACGAUGGGGCCUUGGAGAUAGUAGAAACCAUACGGUGGGUGUGCGACGACCUGCCGGAGAUGAAAGCGGCUCUGGAGAACAACAUCUUGUGCGAUUACGACACCCACUCGUACGACAGCAUGAGAGCCCUGUGCGACCGUUUCAACCGCGCCAUCGACUCCGUCGUCGCUCUGGAAAAAGGCACAUCGUUACCGGCCCAACGGUUGAACAAGUAUCCGUCAAGGGGUUUGCUAAAACACAUAUUACAGCAGACGUACAACCAAGCAGUAUCAGACCCGGAUAAACUCAACCAAUAUGAACCCUUCUCACCUGAGGUAUACGGCGAAACAUCGUAUGAACUGGUCUGUCAGAUGAUAGAUCAAAUAGAUAUAACCCCCGACGAUGUGUUUGUGGACUUGGGCUCGGGCGUAGGGCAGGUGGUCUUACAAAUGGCGGCCGCAACACCUUGCCGCGUUUGUCUCGGAGUUGAAAAGGCGGAAGUUCCUAGUAAAUAUGCUGAGAGUAUGGAUGGUCACUUCAGAAUGUGGAUGAGAUGGUAUGGAAAAAAGUUUGGAGAGUAUAAAUUAAUAAAGGGCGACUUCCUGCUGGAUGAACACAGAGAAAAAAUAAAUGCAGCGACGAUAGUCUUUGUGAAUAACUUUGCAUUUGGCCCUCAUGUUGACCAUCAGUUGAAAGAAAGAUUUGCUGACUUGAAAGACGGUGCUAAAAUCGUAUCAUCAAAAAGUUUUUGUCCGCUGAACUUCAGGAUAACGGACAGAAAUCUCAGCGACAUCGGAACCAUCAUGCACGUCAGCGAGAUGUCUCCGCUCAAAGGAUCCGUCUCGUGGACGGGGAAGCCAGUCUCUUACUAUUUACACAUUAUAGAUAGGACCAAAUUGGAGAGAUAUUUUCAAAGACUGAAAAAUCCGAAACUCAAGGUCAGCAAAAGGGGCACGCAGAACGGGUGCGAGGAGGGCGAGGGCAGCAAGCGGCACCUCAGCGCGCCGCCCACGCGCCAGCCCACGCCCGACCUGCUCAACGGCAACAGCAACCACAGCACCGCCUCGCUGCCCGAGCGCCGCCGCAAGGUGGCCCGCCCCAGAGCUGUCAGGGGUGAGAACGGGCGCACGCGAGCACGCGCGGCGGUGGCCAAGCGGCGCGUGGUGCGGCGCUCCAGCGACGACAGCGACGAGGAGUCCAGCGGCACCGACGACGCGCCGCCCAACCCCGAGCCCGCGCCGCGCGAGUGGGGCGCGCCCUGGGCCUCCUCCUCCGACUCCAAUCGCAGCCGGCGGCCAGCAAGUAAACGCAGCGCGAGCGCAGGCGGUGCGCGGCGCCGAGCGGCUCGCGCCAAGCGCCGCCGCGCCGCGCCCGCCGCCAUCGCCGGCCUCGACCUGCUGCACUCGACCACGCUCGCCUCUACGCUGCACAAUGGCGCUGUUACCGCGCCACCCCCGGGUUGCGUGGAGCAGCGUCUAUCAGCGUUAGGCGUGCAGCUGCAGCCCGCGGAUCGCCUGCACUCGGAGCUGGACAUCCCGCGGUCGCCGCACACGCCGUACAGCUUGCAGCUGCUGCUGGACAUGUUCCGCGACCAGUACCUCGCCUUCAUCGAGCGCAUGAAUACGCCCGACUACGCCGACGAGAUACGACACCAGAUUCAAAAAGAGAAGGAGAGGAACCAGAAACUGAAGUCACGUGCGUCUCAGUUAGAUAAACAGAUCAACGUGCUCAUAAGCGACAGUGUUGCUCUGUUAAAGGCGCGCAUGAGUGAGCUGGGCAUUCACGCCAAUAACACAGUGGAUCUGUUGGCCAAAGCGAAGGAAAUUGUGGGGAGACAUAAAGAGUUGCAGAGCAAAGCUAGCAAAUUGCAAGCGCAGGUGAAUAAUAUAGAAUCAGACCAAACGAUGCUUGUUAAACAAAGGACUUUCGAGAUAACUGAAAAGUAUCGCCAGUUGGGUCACAUACCACCCGAUGUUAAGAUCACCCAGAGCAUAGCUCAUGAUUGCAUAUUGAAAGAAAUAUCGGCGACACUCGCAUACCGGAAGAGGUUACACGCGCAGGUAGGACACCUGCAAAAUGAAAUAGUUCAAAUGGAAAGAUCAAGCGAACAAAAGGUUCCGCCGCCGACUGUGCCCGUCGCUACUGUUAAACCACAUACGGUCAAUUCUAAACCGAGGAAAUCUAGAGAACACAGGUCGCGGUCGCAAGAGUGGCCUGAUGUUCCAGAUGUUGGGAAAAUUGAGGAGCAAAAUCCAGAGAUUUUAGCUCAGAAGAUACUGGAGACAGGGCGGCAGAUCGAGGCGGGCAAGAUCACUAAACCGAAUGUUAUAGUGAAUGGAUAUCCAAGAGAAUCAGAGAGGCACGUCGACCAUCACCGACACACAAAAGCUGCCGCGCCGAUACACAGAGCGCAACCGCAACGGCCGGGCCAGCCGCCGCCGAGCCUCGCGCACCGGCAGUCACCUGUCAAACCGCAAAAACCUCUCAACGUCGUCGGCAAAGUACAGGAGUCGCCGAAGGUGAUCAACUUCGAGGACAGACUUAAAAGCAUAAUAACUUCGGUGCUAAACGAGGAUCAGGAGCAGCGGAAGGCGUCGCGACCGGCGCAGAGCCACGCCUACAGCAACGGGUACGUGCGCGCCGGCGCCCCCCACGGGCCCCACCAGCACUACCCGCGCGGCGCCCCGCCCGCGCCCUACGCGCGGCCCUCGCGCGACCUGCGCCGCGAGCGCUACCCGCCGCGCAUGCACCUGGAGCCCGCGCAGCCCGACUACACGCAGGUGUCGCCGGCCAAGCUGGCGCUGCGCCGCCACCUGUCGCAGGAGCGGCUGGCGGCGCCGGGCGCGCGCACCAUCGGUGACCUCGUCAACGGCGAGAUCGAGCGCACGCUCGAGAUCUCCAACCAGAGCAUCAUCAACGCCGCCGUCAACAUGAGCGCGCGGUACCACGAGCCCGCCGCCGCCAACCAGCCGCUAGAAGGACUGGCAGCUUGCCUGCAGGCCCGCGUGCUGGCGUCGGAGUACUGGCGGGGUCGAAACGGUGCGAGCGGGGCGGGCCCGGGCGGCGCGGCGUGCGAGGAGGAGGCGCGGCGCCGCUCGCCGCCGGGCGACCCGCACUCCAACACGUCCACGCCGCUGGUGGACGAGCUGCCCGACGGCGCGCGCCUGCCAGGUAACGCGCCGCCCGACGCCGAGCCGGCCGCGCGGCCCGACGCACUCACCGCCCGCUCCGUUACAGAGGGCGAGGCCGGCGAGGAGGUCGACGAGAGCAAGUGGCAGGACCGGAUAGCGUUCCGGUUCGACCAGAUCAUAUCGUUCGCGUCCACGGCCAUGGAGGACAAGCGGCGGCGCUCGGACGAGGCGUGCAACACGUCGCCCGACUCGGGCAUCGGGCACGGCGAGGCGGGCGCGGCGGCGGCGGCGGGCGCGGCGCGGGCGGGCGGCUCGCCGCCGGCGGCGCACUUCAAGAAGCGCUUCUUCCGGCGCGAGCGCUGGGGCGCGUGGGGCGGCGCCGCGCCCGCCGUGGACUGGGAGCGCCCGCCCAUGUGACGCCGCCGGCUCUAGCGCUACUCCGACUAGCACUGCCGCGACCCUUUCCCGGGGAUGUUGACUGUCGACUUUUUGUUAUUUUUUUCGAAUAUAUAAUGUAAUUAUGUAUAUUAUUGAGUUUAUUUUACGUUUAAGAUGUGUAAUUAUUUAAUAGUAGUUUUAUGUCGCCGUUCCGUUCGGUGACGUCGAGACGUUUGCGCCGUGGCGGAUUGUAUUUCAUGUGUUCAUUUAGGUCUUAGAGUCUGAAAUACAUGAUUCGGUGACUUUGCAGCGGAUCAUUCUUGCGCCGGUCGUUUGGUGAAUGUUUGUUGUUUUAUGUGUUUUGUUUGUCUAUGUUACGGAAGCUCUUGUCUGAAUAAUGUAAAUCAUUUCUUUGGGAAAUCUUAAAUUUUUAAUAUUGUACUUAUAUCGAGUUUGUAUAGAAUAGAUCAUUUUGAAUUUUCUUACGUAUCGAAUCGGAAAGUUAUUGCAUUAGGAACUCUAGUAAAUUAUAGCGCAAUUUUAAAUUUUCAUUGUGAAAUGAAAUGAUAACUAUCUCAUAUUGUCAUAAUCCUAGCAAUGAGGUCGUCAUUCGUCCUGUGAUACACAAAGCACCAUUAUUGCUAUCGUUUUGUUAAUCUGCGUGAUAACAAUAACUUAACUAAUUUUUACGUAGUGCUGUUCGAUGACCAUAAUAGGUAGAUCGUUAGAUUGUAAAGAGUAUCAAUUUUAUUGCUAGUGAAACUGUAAAAGCUAGACUAAACUAAUAGUAUACUAAAAGCAUGUGGUAAUACUUAUGAUAAUAUAAAGUCUAACGUGAUCCCUCAGAAAAAGUUUUCCCAGAGAAACACCAUGGUGCAUAAACAGUAGAUAUUGCAUAGUAUAAAUGGACACGCUAUUUUUAUACAGGAUUAUUUUAGAUAAGAUUAUGCCUCAAUCCCAAGUCUAUUAUGAAAGUUAUAGGUAACGUGUAUAUUCAUGCUUAUCUUCAUAUAUUUUCAAUAGUGCGGGAGUUAAAGUACACAGAUUACUCGUGUCUCUUUAUAUAAUCAAUUUCUAUGAAAGUCAUUGCCUAAGAAACUAAUUGCUGUAUGAAAUGUAAGCUGUCCAUGUCUUUUUGUUCAGCACGUCCUACACAAGCAGGGCGUGUAACGCAGCCAUAAAUAUUAUAUUCGUUUAUUUCCUAACAUUAAUAUAAUUUGAUAAAAUCAUAAUAAUUCCUGCUUUUGCUAGACAAAUUAUGGCAGACUAACAGAGUCUAUUAUGUUAAUAUGUACGAAUGAACGAAAUUGGCGAAUAUUGUAAUUCUGGUAAACUUCCAUUUGAUAUGACCCAAUGUGUAUCAUUUAUUACAAGCUCGAUAGAGAGUUUCAAUUCGAACUUCUAUUUUAUCAACUUAUUUUACAUUUUCAUUGACGUUACAUUAAAAUUGUCUUCGGAAAGUAUAGUAAUGAUAAUAAACGAUCCGAGAUUUCCUUUUUAUUUACUUUGACUAAAUAUGCACGUUAUGUAGAUAUAUUUCGUUAUACACGUUAUAGCUAUAAUUAUAGGACCAAAGAGUUUCUGGCGACGUGCCUAAUUGUAUCAAUUUUGUCCAUGCCCCCAAUAAUAAAACUUAACUUAUUACAUUUUAAGUUUGCCUUGCUUGACCCUAUUUAUAUUUCGCACGGAAGGAAGGAUCUAUAUUUUAAUUAUUUUACCACAAACAUUUUUAGUGAAAUUGAUAAGUUUAAUAAAAUUAUUAGAAGUGAUUUUUUUAAAGACCAAGCUCAAGGGAUUAGACUGUUAACAUUGCCUUGUAUCCACCACCUCUUUAAACUGUUCUUAGUACUCUACAAAACAUAUCUGCGUUCCUUUGGGGGUUUAUCAACGAGUUACUUUAAAAUCAUUUUUAUUAACAUGCCACAAGUAACUUAGGAAUAAACUUUAUUUCGCUCAUGACGAUUAUCCGCCUCUUAGGAAUAAGAUUAAACAAAAAUAAGCAAUUUGUUAUUUAAUGGGGUUUCUGAAGUCAUUGUUGAUAUUCGAAAAAUAGUAAAUACGGUUUUAUACUUUCUGUCGAUGCAGCAGUUAAUUAAAUGUUUGUGUAUAAAUAUAAAAUAAGAAUUCAGAAACUGUAAAAAUGUAAUUGUGCUGUAAGAGUGUAAGGACCGACUUGUUUUCUAAUUAUUAAUAUCUGAUUGGCCCACUGAGCGUUGCUAUUAUAUGUCUAGUUAAAACAUAACACCGAGUACUGAUAAAUGUGUUCAAUUCAUUCAAAUCGUCAAAUGUUAAUGUCAAGUAGCUAUCAAUUAUGUGCAGAUUCAGAGAUUCUAGACAGCCUUCAGUUAGAUACAUAGUCGUUUCAAGGAACAUAACAACUUUCGCUUGUACUGGCCCCACGAAUUCGUUUUAGCUAGCUAGCCCAAAGCGAGGAGGUUGUGACGCACUUUCUGAAUUGAAGAUGGUCGCACUUGGGAUUUUACGACCGGCCUAAUUUAAUUCCGCAUUAUAAUAGUGUCGGUCAAUGGGCAACACAGCCUUAUUCUUAGACGAAGAAGACGUACGUGUAGUAAUCUGAUCGCGCAUAACUUAUUAAAUAUCGGAAAGCUUAGAAAUUAUAUUCGUUUCAGAAUAAUUAAUAGAUAACUAGAUCGUAUUUAUAACGAUUAAAAUAAGACUUGAUGAUUAAUUAUGUGCACUGAUAUUAUCAGGUGAAUUGUAGGAAAUUUGAAGUGUAUCCAAAUUUAUCCAAAGCUCACCUAAAAUUAACAUUACGCUAAAAUUAUGAUCAUGGGAAAAAAGGACUAAAUGAAAAUAGUUCUUCAGAACUGUAUUUUUUUUUUGUAUUAGUUAUAUUAUUUACUAUUAUGGCCACGGCCAUUAAGAGAGACGUCAAUAAAGUCGGUUCUAUUUUUUUAAGUUAUUUUUGUACAGUACAUUUACUUACUGUGCACGGUGUAAUGUUUUAUAGAUAAGAUUGAAAAAAAAAAACAAGGUAACGUGAGAUGUGUAUGAUUGUAAUAGCUUAUUACUUGAGCAGUUUUAAUCAUUUGAGAACGAUGAAUAUUACAUUCUGUAAAUGUGAAUAUCCAGACAUGUUUAUAAUACAUAGACGGCUCUGGAAUCGGAAAAAACCAAGUUAAAAAUUAAAUUGUUAUCAAAGAAAAUGGUUGUAGUUUCUAGUGUCGUUUGAUGUGUUAGAAACAUUGGGGUGCACUGGUUUGAUUGUGCCUGAAUAACUCAUCAAUGCCGCUCCAAACCUCAAAAUUAUGUAUGUAUUUGUAUAUUGAUAAGUAAGCUUAAAAAUCUGAUGUAGGUACCAAUAGUAAUAUAGUGUAAUGUCGGCAAUAAAACAUCUAUUUUGGUCGGAUUAACUCGAGGAGUGAUUACAUUAUUCAGUUACGAUUAAUUUAAUUUUUGAUGGGGAAUAAUGAGCUAAUCUGUGUGACGUUAUAGUGUCUAAAAUAGUACAAAUGAGAAGACUUAUCGUCGUAAGCCUCGGACUAUUCAACAUGCAAAUGCUAGGUUUGAGAUGUAUCCCUGUGUACUAGUUUUAUUUUGUACUAAAAGUUAAAAAUAAACGAAUAAUUAUA